GCAGGCGCGGGGAUUGAGGCGGGCGGGUCCCGCCGCCCUUUCCCGGUCCCCGCCGCGCUCAGGGGCCGCUGCCGGCGCUGCCGCGGGGCCGCUGCCGGGAGCGGGGCCGAGGCGGGCACAGAGCCCGAGGCGGGCACAGAGCCCGGCGGAGGCCGCGUUAGCCCCGCGGGAGCCUGCGGGCGAUCGGGACGGGGUUGGGGUGACUGACCUCUGCAGGGCCGUGUCCCGCGUGGGAUCGCCCGCUUGCUGUUAUGCUUAAAAGAAAGUUUCUGCCGUGUGCUUUUAUGGUGCCCAAGCUCACCUACUGAUGUUUCCUUUGUAACUUCCUGGUAAAACAGCUUCUGUGAGUAUCAGUUUGGUUACCACAUCAUCUGGAUCCAGAGAUCACUUUUACUAAAAUGUGGACUGCCAGAAAGCUUUGCAGUGUUCGAAUACUGUUGCUCCAGAUGAAAGAAGGCCGAUUGUGUAGUUGCAUGUUUGCCAAAACUCAGCAGUUCUGCAUUGGAAUUCCAAACUAUUGCACUGUAGGAGUGCCUCAUAACAGAGUUGAAUUCCAGGUCUCCAAGGUAAAUGAUAAACAAUCAGUAAUUGAUAGAAAAAUGUCUACUAAUGCAGAGGAAACCAAAAUAGCUGUUGGAAAAAGUGCCAGUGGAGUACGUGAUGGAAGACAACGUUCGUUACAAGCCCAAAUGAAACCCAUCAACCUGUCCUUUGCAGCUUGUGGCUUUCUGGGCAUUUACCACUUGGGGGCAGCAGCUGCUUUUCACAGGCAUGGUAAGAAGUUACUGAGAGAUGUGAAAGCUUUUGCUGGAGCUUCUGCAGGAUCUCUGGCUGCCGCUGUCUUGUUAGCAGUGCCAGAAAAUAUAGAGAAAUGUAAGCACUUUGCCUAUGGAUUUGCAGAGGAAGUCAGAAGAUUGAACUUUGGUGCUGUAACGCCUGGUUAUGAUUUUAUGAAAACACUUAGGCAGGGCAUAGAGUCUAUUCUUCCUUCUGAUGUUCAUGAGAUAGCUGAGAACCGGCUCUAUGUGUCAGUCACUAACUCAAAGAGUGGGGAAAAUCACUUGGUUUCAAAUUUUUCCUCCAGGGAGGACCUCAUUAAGGUCCUGCUAGCAAGUAGUUUUAUACCAGUGUAUGCAGGAAUUAAGCCAGUGGAAUUUAAAGGACAGAAAUGGAUUGAUGGUGGCCUUACCAAUGGCCUUCCCAUCUUGCCUGUUGGAAGAACUGUGACAAUUUCCCCUUUCAGCGGUCGAUUAGAUAUUUGUCCAGAAGAUAAAGGGCGUGUGGACCUGUAUAUUAAAUUAGCAAAACAAGAUAUGAUGUGUCAAAAUUUGAAUAAUUGCUUACUUCAAAUAAUGAAGAUGAUUUUGAUAUUGUUUUGCAAAAUUGUUUAUAAUAAUGGCUAAGUAUUAAUUAUAUAAAGAAAUUGUUCAGAACUUUAUUAAAUCAAAUUAUAUUUUUAUUCUGUUGUAAACAAUUUUAUGAAGUCUGUAUUCAAGAAUAAAGCUUCAUAAUCUUUUCACAUGAUCAGAAUGCCCACUUAAGAUGCUGAGUAAUUCUUAAUUUGUUGGUAGUACAACCUAUAUUUAUACUCAUAUGUUAAACAUUGCCUGGGAAUGUUCCCAAGAAUGUGGUUGUUUGCACUAGUAAGUUGUCAAAGUAUUUCUUUGCACAAGUUUAACAUGUGCCAGCUACCACUCUGUGAGACAGUGUUGGGAGUGUUUCAGAAGCUUUGGACAGUUUUCCAGGCAGACAGUCUGUCUUGGAUGCUGUGAGUUUAACUCUGUGUGCGUGCACUGUUUGUGCCAGUUUCUCCUGGCACUCAGCAGUGACCCUGGAUGUAGUUAAUUCCUGAUGUAGACAAAGCCAUGCCAGUCUUUUCAUUUUACAUUUGCUCCAUGAAACAGAUGACAGAACAGUCACAUCUAGAUAAGUUGCAUUAAUAAACUAAUUUACAGCUUCUUGCUUUGUUACAGCUGUCCCUGGCCAACUUAGUAAGACUUAAUCAAGCUUUGUUCCCACCAGACCAGGAGAAAAUGGAAUUGUUGUACCAAAAUGGCUUUGAUGAUGCUGUACGCUUUUUAUUGAAAGAAAACUGGUUUGAGUAGACUGCUCAUAGAAAAUUAGCAAAACAUGAUGGCUGUCAAAACACAGCUACAGGCGUCCUAGAGAAUCUCAGGGAUUACUGCUAUUUUUGUGAAAAUAAACAUCCCAAUGGACUUUUAUCUGCUUCUGCUGAGGAAGUAUCAGCUGCACUCCACAGAGCUGUAUAAACAUGUCAGAACAGGAGCUGGAUGUGCCUGCUGUGGAUGUCUUGUUUUGAGGAGGUUCCACUUCGAUUCACUUUGCUUCAGCUGAGUGUAAGAUUUGUAAAAAGCUUGUAAAAAGUGUUGUCAUAAUUACAGAGGUUUGGGAAAGCCUUUUUUAGUGUUAUUUGAGAGGAGAAUUCAUGUUAUAUCAUGAAAAAUUGCAAUCUGUAUUAUUCAUUUAACAUAAUUCUGCGUAUUAGUUCUGCAUAUUAAUUGGAUGCUCACAGUGUUACUGAACUAAAAUAUAACUUGCACUGUUUUAA